AUGGCAAUCGCAUCCUCAACACCAACCAACCAGCCUUACCCGGCCGUGGCCUUCAUCGGCCUCGGAGCCAUGGGUUUCGCCAUGUCCACCCACCUCGUGCGGACCGGCUUCCCCGUGACAGGCUACGACAUCUACGGCCCGACGCUGGACCGCUGGCGCGCGACAUGCAAGGAGAUUGCGAGCACCGGCACGACUGCCGCCACGUUCGCGACCGCGACCUCGCCGGCCGAAGCGGUCCGCCACGCCAGCGUCGUGUGCCUGAUGGUCGCGAACCACCACCACGUCCACUCGGCCCUGUUCGACACGGAGGGCGGCGCGGUGCACGCGCUGCCCCGCGACGUGACGGUGAUUAUCCACGCGACCAUCCCGCCGACGCAGCCGUCGAGCGUGCGCGACAGGCUGACGCGCGAAUUCGGCCGCCCGGACGUCAAACUGAUCGACGCGCCCGUGUCCGGCGGCGUGGCGCGCUCCAUCAACGGCACCCUCACCAUCAUGGUCUCGUCGGACGUGAUGGAGAACCUGCAGGAGCCCAGCGCCAAGGCCGUGCUCGAGAGCGUCGCGUCCAAGGGCAAGACGCUGUACCCGAUCCCCGGCGGCCUCGGGGCCGGACAGUCGGCCAAGGCGCUGAACCAGGUGCAAUGCGGGAUCCACAUCCCCGCGGCGUCGGAGAUCAUGGGACUCGCGGCCAUCCACGGGCUGGACACGCAGAAAUUCUACGACGCGCUCAUCCCGGCACGGGACACCACCGGCAAACCGCCCGUCGGGUGGAGCUGGAUGUUCGAGAACCGGGGCCCGCGCAUGUUGAGCGCGACCCCGCCCCUGGCGUCGGCCACCUUGAUCAUCAACAAGGACGUGGGCAUCAUCCGCGACGAGGAGGUGCGCUUGCACGUCGACCUGCCGCUGCUCAACACGGCCAGCGACGUCAUCUCCGAGGUCAUGAAGACCCACGCCACCGCCGACGACAGCUGCAUCGUCCAGUCGUACCUGGGCUUCGGGUCCGAGCGAGAAGCGCUCGUCGUCAAACAGGCCGGAAACGCCACUGGCGAGCAGCAGCACCGGGCCAGCACGACGACGCGCGACAUCGCCACCGCGCAUGCCCUCAUCCACCUCGUCUCGGCGUACGAGACGAUCAAAUUCGCCCAGGCGCUCGAUCUCAUGCGCCCCGAGCAGAAGAAACAGUGGUUCAGCAUCAUCGCCGGUGCGGCGGGCGGGAGCACCAUCUUCUCAGAGGUGAUUCCGCGGGCGUUUGAAGACGCCGAUGGCAUCGAAGCCGCUUUCAAGAAAUACGCGCAGGAGAAAUUCCCAGGUGCUCUGGAGAUGGCGACGGAGAUGAUUGCGAACGCCAAGAAGCAAGGAUACAUGCCCGUCUUGUUAGAGGCGGCGGUUGAAAAUCUGAAGAGGCUGCUUUAA